AUGCACUGUCAAGCCGAGUUGAGGCUCUCCUCCCCCGGACAGCUGAAGGCUGCCAGGCGGCGCUACAAGACUUUCAUGAUUGACGAGAUCCUCUCCAAGGAGACUUGUGAUUAUUUUGAGAAACUUUCUCUCUACUCUGUGUGCCCUUCGCUCAUCGUACGGCCGAAGCCGCUUCAUUCAUGCUCAGGCUCCUCGUCACUACGUGCCUACCCUCUCCUCUCGGUGAUCACGCGGCAGCCCCCCAACCUGCCCCUCCACCUCCCUCAGCCGCCAUCUCCGUGCGGGGUCCCCUCGCACCUGCUUUCCCCGCUGCAUCCACGAGGCUCCGAGCACUCGCCCAGCCAGACGCCCCUCAGCAUCAGCAGUGAGUCGGAUACAGAGCGCAGCACGCCCCGCCUGAAGAAGCCCCGUCGCAGCCGCACCAUCUUCACAGAGCUGCAGCUGAUGGGCCUGGAGAAGAAGUUCCAGAAGCAGAAGUACCUGUCCACACCUGACAGGUUAGACCUGGCCCAGUCACUUGGCCUCACACAGCUCCAGGUGAAGACUUGGUACCAAAACAGACGCAUGAAGUGGAAGAAAUUGGUGCUCAAAGGAGGUCACGAGGCCCCGACUAAGCCCAAGGGAAGACCCAAGAAGAACUCCAUUCCCACCACGGAGGAAAUAGAGGCUGAAGAGCGAAGAAUUAAGGUGGAGGAGGAGGAUAAGAUGAGGUGGGCGACCAAGGAGCCGGUGCUGGGUCACGGAGGAGAGGCGUCUCAGCUUGAACCUCAAGACCUCAGUUCAGAACAUCACAAUCCAGCCGCAGCGAUGGAGGGAUCUGAGCGAGAGCUCCUGAUGCCGUCGGAGCCAGCUAAGCAAGGACAAAACAACCAAAGACUGAAGCCAACCUGAAAACACAUAGUGCCUCAGGAUCACUGUAAAAAGCCUGUGUGGUGUUUUAGAGCCAUUUGCUUUGGGGGAGUUGACUGGAAACAUAUUGCUGGAAUCCAAUCUUUACCCUAAUGCAGCCUCUUUUUUGUAAACUGAUUUUGUGUUUGAAAAUGUACCGUACAAAGAGCUAAAAUGCAAAGACACUGAUUGCACUGGUAAAAAGAAAUCGGCCUUUUAAAAAAUAUUGUAUUUGAGCAGGUCCGUGGUGUAAGGAGUGUAAAUCUGCCAAAUACAAGCAGGUCUGUCAAAGCAAAACCCGUAAAACGCCACACCUUAUUGUGCAUUACAAUGAAAGAUCAAACAUCUUUAGGUGCCUCACGUAGUGCAUGUGCCAAAAAAUAUCAAGAUUUGCCUUACUGUCGUGUCUCUAUAUAUCUGUGCAUUACAAAUCACUUCACUGCCAACACCUAUAUAUAUAUAUAUAUAUAUAUAUAUCAAAUAGCUACAGUGCCUUGUCGGUCUCAGAGGAAACAAAAUGCAAGUAUAUUUUUUACAGUG